AUGGCGGAGGAAGUGCUCCCGGAAAGCGAUGCAAAGAUGAGCGGGCACCUGACAAUGCCUCUGCUGGCGGCAGCUUUUCUGGCCUCGUUCGGUAGCUCCAUGCUCUAUGGCUACAAUUUGGCAGUCGUCAACUCUCCUGCACAGUACAUAAAAGACUUCUACAAUGAGACCCUAAUAGAAAGUUACGACUGGGCCCCAGAUGAGGAGCUCCUCACCCUCUUGUACUCCCUCACCGUGUCCAUCUUUGCUAUUGGUGGGAUGGCCGGGGCCCUGCUGGUGGGCAGACUUGUUACUAAAUAUGGAAGGAAAGGGACGCUGGUGCGAGCCACUGUGCUGGUGUUUUUGGGAGGAGCUCUGAUGGGCUUCAGCAGACAGUGCAGGAUGCCUGCCAUGGUCAUUAUUGGACGCUUCAUCACAGGAGUGCACUCAGGUAUCUGUCUCAGUGUGGUGCCGAUGUAUCUCGGUGAGAUCGCUCCCAAGAACCUGCGAGGCUUCCUGGGCCUCGUUCCCAGCAUUCACAUCUGUCUCGGAGUCUUCAUCGCUCAGGUCCUGGGACUCCAUGAACUGCUGGGAAAGGAAGAACACUGGCCUCUGCUCCUCUCCCUGGUGGUCUUUCCUACCAUGGUCCAGCUGAUGCUGUUGCCAUGGUUUCCAGAGAGUCCGCGGUACCUGUUGAUAGAGAAGGGAAACAUUCACGCCACCAUCGCAGCCCUGAAGUGGUACCGCACUAAAGGAAACAUCCAGGCGGAGGUGGAGGAGAUGCAGGAGGAACAGCGCUCUCUGUCCUCAACCCACACCAUCUCUGUUUGCGGCCUGCUCACGGACCGCUGUGUUCGCUGGCAGGUCGUCACCAUUGCGGUGGUCAACAUCGGCAUGCAGCUGUCUGGCAUUGAUGCAAUCUGGUUCUACACAAAUGACAUAUUUAAGAACGCAGGAAUCCCAGAGCCUUAUAUUCAGUAUACGACGGUGGGAACUGGUGCCAUUGAGGUCAUCUCUGGGAUGCUGGGGUGUUUUACCAUCGAGCGACUUGGCAGAAGACCUCUGAUGAUUGGCGGCUUCCUCUUCAUGGGACUCUGCUGUGUUGGGAUCACAGUGUCUGACCUCUUCCAGGCUCAGCUGUCCUUCAUGCGCUACAUCAGUGUGGGCUGCGUUGUUGGGAUUAUUGCCGGCUUCUGCAUCGGUCCAGCCGGCGUUCCUUUCCUGAUCACUGCAGAGCUGUUUAAGCAGUCUCACCGACCGGCUGCCUACACUGUGGCCGGUUGCCUCAACUGGUUGUCCAACUUCACCAUCGGCUUCGUCUUUCCCUUCCUACAGGAGGCGACGGGUCCUUACUGUUACCUGAUCUUCUGCGUGAUCUGUUUGGGAGUGGCCGUCUACACCAUCUUCGUCAUUCCCGAGACCAGGAACAAAACCUUUAUGGAGAUCAGCCAGAUGUUCGCUGCCAAAAACAACAUCCUCAAAGAAGAGCUGACGACCAACGGUCACCUCAAGAUGGGUGUGAUGAACGGCUACGGAACCCUGAAGAAUGAGCACUAG